UUUUUGCUUCCUCUCCGGCUCACCCUCUUUCCUUUCCCUACUUAUCUCUCCCUUUCUGUCCUCAAAUCGAAACUCUCACUCUUUUCUCUGUUACUUUCACUCUCAUUUCCUCUCUCUUCCUUCUACUCAAACAGCGAAAAUAAGAAAGCCCACCAAGCAAAAAACUUAACCUUCUGCAUUCUUUGUUCAUAAGCUUCUGUAAAGUUGCUUGCUUUACAUAGUUUGACAGUUCACUGGGUUAGGAGUUCGCAUUAUUUUGGUUUCUUUUUUUUUCAGUUUUUAAGUGUGUUAAGCAAAACACUGAAUCAGAAAGAGGCAAUGGGUAAGUCACCAAACUCGGAGACCGAGUCAAGCACUGUUAGCAACAACUCUUCUACUUUGUCUCCACCUUCACCAUCCUCCUGCGACGGUAAAAGGAAACCGGGUACUGACCCGACACCCGACUUGAAGAGGCAAAAGCGUCCGAGGUAUAGUAGCAAGCAACCGGUUUACCGAGGGGUGCGAAUGCGGACGUGGGGCAAAUGGGUAUCCGAAAUCCGAGAGCCCCGGAAGAAGAACCGGAUCUGGUUAGGCACUUUCUCGACUCCCGAAAUGGCGGCACGUGCGCAUGAUGUUGCGGCCUUAUGCAUCAAAGGCAACUCGGCGAUUCUCAACUUCCCUGAACUCGCCGGAUCGUUGCCCAGACCAGCUUCCAACUCGCCACGUGACGUCCAAGCUGCCGCUACUAAAGCUGCCUCCAUGGAGUUCUUGAGUAAUAAUCGUAACAACAUCAUUGCCACGUCAUCAUCAUCUUCAUCAGGUUCCACGUCAUCAUCAUCAAAUGUGGAUGACGUGUCAACACCGGAGGAGCUGAGCGAGAUAGUGGAGCUGCCGAGCCUAGGGACGAGUUACGAAUUUGCCGAGUCAGGGAGCGAGUUCGUGUACUUGGACCCGAUUGACGGGUGGCUAUGUAAUCCCAUUGGCAUGCCCUGGUAUCACGAAGAAAAUUACGGGCAUUUUGAGGAGGAAAUUUCAAUUCAAAUGCAAGAAAGUGUGAUUACGACUGGGUUUGGCCCUUCACUAUGGGAUCAUUAACGCAUAACAAAAAAAAAAUGAAAAAAAAAAAAAGAACUCUCGAAUUUUUUUUUUACCAAAUUGCCCUUUUGCAAAUUUUUUCUAUAUGAAAGGGCGAAAAAUACAUUGCUUUGUCAUCAAGAUGUUUGUACUCGGUUAUACUAGAGUUUUUGGUGUGUCUUUUUUUUUUUUUCAGCAGUGGUCCAUGGGGUUAAUGUGAAUUUUAUCAGAGAUUUUGAGCUUUAACAAUGGUUUCUUCUUCUUCUUUUAGUGUUUGUUUGAGGUAGUUUUUGUAAUGAUUUUGAGAGUGAAAAGAGUGCUUUGGAGUCAUUAAAAGUCAUAUGUUUCUACUUGGAGUCUUUCAAUUUUCAAGUACCCUUUCAUUUCAAUGAGUUUUUGAUAAAACCAUUGAAUUAAUUAUUAAUAAAAAAAUUUCACAUGGUGUUAUGCA